AUGGUGUCUCCCCCCGAACGACGCGAUCGCCUCAAGCGGGAGCAAUUGUCCCUAAAUGACCUAGCCUAUUGUAUUCGAGCGGGGUCUCCUGACCAGAAAGAUGCGUCUAGAAAGAAGGUGCUUCUUGUAGUCAUCCCAAGUGCCUUGCUAGUUGGAUGCCUGGCGAUAGCUGCAGUGAUCGCGAGUCUGAGAAGCGGCUCAGACGACAGCGACUACAAUGCGGCCGAUGAGUCCGCCGCAGUAGAAGGGCUAAACGCAACGACUACUAAGCCCGCAAGUGAACCACCUGGAGGCUUCACAACGCGGCCGCCCACGGCGUGGACGCCAGGUACUUCUACGAGCAACACUCGUCCAGAAACAACGACGACAACGAGUAGGACAACAACAACCAAGAGAAUACCAAAGACGACCAAGAAACCGCCAAAGACGACCGAAAGAUCAACACCGGCAACGACGAGGUCGACGGCAAGCGACUCCAACAGCGAGACCGACGAAACGACACCGUCAGGAGAGGAAAGUGACAAUAUCGAAACACCAAGCAAAUCGACACCAUCCCCGAAAUCGACUACCACGAGGAAACCGACAAAGCAAGCACUUCCUUCGAAAGUACUUCUGUGCACGAGUGCAGCGACGCGCCAUCCACCUGACGGAAUAUGUGACUUCCUGCUCUACUCCCCAAGUAUCCUGACAUCGUUGACUACAUCUGGCACAGACGAACGCGAUGCUCUUCUGAGCGCGUUUAUUGAGCACGUGGAAGACUUCCAGCACACAAAGGCUGGACUUGAUAUCCAAGAACUGCAUCGCUCCAAAGUGUCCAAACAUAUGGGAUCACGAAGCAGCGAAAUCUUUCUCCGCGACCUCUGGCGCGAUCAAGUUCGACACUUUGGAGUCCUCGACUUUGAGCUUACGACGAGCACACGAGACAGCGUCAUUCACACCGUUAUAAAGAUGCUGAAGGAAAUUGACACGCUGCAGAAGUCCUUCAGGGGUCCUCGAGAGGAAUUUGGCUACUACUUCCUUGGUGUAGCUGUACUCUACAAAAAACUGCCCGACACGGACGAAAUAAUGAAGGCUCACUUUCAACUGAUGAUCUCAGAAGCAAAGCCAGAUGCCGUGGUGUUCAGAACUACGUACCUGCGACGACUCAAGGAUGAUGCGCUGUGCCGAUCCACGGGGCCGUCCCUUUGGGCCCAUGCCACGAUGAUUGACCAGCCCACAUUUGUUGAAACCCUCGAGUUCCGUAAGACCGUUGACGUCCCCCGCAACAUCACUCAGUUGCUGUCCUUGACACCAUCUGGACGUUGGACUAAGUACAACAUCACACAACAGAUUCCCUUCGACAUGCUCACAGAGGCACCUGAUCUUGGGGACAACAGAACCUGCGUCGAGAGCGUCAACGACGACAAGUUUGCAUAUGUAUGCAGAGACGGGUCAAAGUACGGGCAGUUCCAUACGUCAUUCAAGGACGUUCUCGACAAGCAGCGCAUAACUCGCAUUCUCAGAGGAAGCACGACAUCGGUACUCUCCUACGACGAUAAGUUCACCGUACUAGCUAAGAUGUGCAAGGCACAAAAAGAGUUCGGCUUCUUCGGAGGUUGGCUUGUGUUCAGUGCACAUAAGGACGAUGUUCUUAACUCAUGCAAGGACACCACCUACACAGACGGCUACGCUUUCCUCCAUUACGUCAAGGAUUACAUGCGCCGCCAACUUAGAGAAUGCUGAAUGUGCUGAAUAAAACAGUUCUUACCAACGGCA